UCAAAACUUGCUCGAGGUUGCUAGAACCGCAAAAAGUUGCUUCAAACGCCAAAAGUUGCUCAAAAGGUUGCCGAGCACAAUCGGAACAUGCCAAGUUGUUCCUGUACGAACAACAAGAAUGGUGUUUUUCUCACUGCUUAGGCUUUUAUUAGCGUUCAACUCAGCUUUACCGGCACGCUUGCUGGUUUCUGUGCCACUGAAGGCUCACGGUAUAUUAAUACAAGGCCUACAAUGAGAGAUCAUCCAAUAUUUAUUAAAAACAAUAAUACAAGUUACUGAUAUCAAACACAGUAAUGAGGAAGAGAUAAGAAGGGUGAAACAAAUCAAUAACUGAUGAGGUAAUAGGCCGGACUCGAGCGGAUCGACCUAAAUCGAACCUACCGUAUUUUAUUAUUUUUUCUUCGAGUGCACCCUCAAAGAUAUUUUGACAUCCAAAAUUAAUGGCGUUUCGUCCUGACCUUAAUGGCGUUUCGUCCUAAGCGAUAAGACCUUUUCAUAUGGAGUCCUCCCCAGGGCAUAGUGGCUCCUGUAAAGUGGUAAUGGGAAUUAGUGUGUUGUGUUUCUGCCUUUUAGGCUUUUUUGGUUGUUCCCUCGACCGCUAAAAUUAAACCGAGUGAGAAAGUAGAGCACAAGAUUUACCAAGUACCCUAAGUCAGAGUUCUUUGAACAUGGCGCGGCACGGCGUGAAACUGAAGGAAGCAAGUUACAGUUAAUGACGAAAAUGGGUGAGGUACAGAUUACCAUGUGUGAACGUUUUUUACAGAGCACGGAGUUACAGGAGAAACUGAGAGGUGUCGAUAUCAUUGUUUAUGACUGUCUUGCAGCUUGCCCUGCAACAAUGUUUGGUGAACGCUUUGACAUUCCAAGAGUGGAAAUUCUGCCUCUUCCAUUAACUGCAGAUUUUGUGUUUAUCCACAUGGUACCAAUGCCUGUACCUUAUGUUCCAAUGCUCUUAACAGGAUUUUCCGAUAAAAUGAAUUUUAUGGAACGUGUGAUGAAUUUGGGAGCGUACUUCGGAGUAAAGCUGUUCAUGUAUCUUGUGUAUUACAGACCAAUGAAUGCAGUGAAAGUCAGUUAUAACAUUAACUCAGAAAGAACCUUCCAGGGAGCUCUUGGUAAUGCUGAACUUGUUAUCAGUACAGCAGAUUUUGCCUUGGAAUGCGCACAACCUCUGUUGCCAGGUAAGAGAAAGGGAAGUUAUGAGGGUGGAGAUGUGGGGAACACACUGUUAGGGGGGUAG